AUGAGCUCACCCUACCCUGAGAAUCAAACUUCCAUAAGAGAAUUCAUACUGCUGGGAUUUGUGAAUAUGACUCAAGGAAAGACCUUCCUCAUUGUUCUUUUUCUCAGUAUGUAUACCAUCUGCUUCUUGGGAAAUUCACUCAUAAUCACUGUGGCUGUGUUAAAUCCAUCUCUCCACACUCCCAUGUAUUUCUUUCUUGGCAACCUCUCUUUCUUAGAUAUCUGUUACAUCUCUGUCACUGUACCCAAAAUGCUAGCAGACCUUUGGGUUCAGUCUCCAGGCAUUUCCUUCAUGGGAUGUGCAGCACAGAUGUAUUUCCUUAUCUCCUUGGCAGGUGCUGAGGGAUUCCUUCUGGCCUCCAUGGCUCUGGACCGCUACUUUGCUAUAUGCCGCCUAUUGGUCUAUGCCAGACUCAUGAAUAAAUGGACGUGUUUCCAGUUGGCUGCCAUAUCUUGGAUUUGCGGCUUCCUCAAUUCUUCUCUCCACACAGCGCUUACAUUCCGCCUGUCUUUCUGCAUAUCUAAUGGGAUCAGCCAUUUUUUCUGUGACAUCCCUCCACUGUUAAGUAUCUCCUGCUCUGACACAACGAUCAAUGAAGUUGCCCUUUUCACAGUGGGUGUACUUGUAGGCUUUAGCCCUUUCCUCUUCACUCUGGUCUCCUACUCUUUGAUCCUUCAUGCUGUUUUGAGCAACCAACAAAAAGGUCAGCGUCACAAAGCCAUUUCCACCUGUGUAUCUCAUGUCACAGUUGUGAUUAUGUUCUAUGGCUCAGGCAUCUUCACCUAUUUCCGUCCUACUUCCAGCUACUCACUGGAAAAGGACCAGCUUGUAGGGGUGCUGUACAACGUCAUAACACCAACACUCAAUCCUAUAAUCUACAGCCUUCGGAACAAGGACGUGAAAAUGGCGAUGUGGAAGCUUAUAAUGAAAGAACAUUCCCUCUUGCAAUGUAGGAGCUCCCGAAACAACUAA